UACACUACAGAUUACGACAAAUUUACGAAACUACACCAAAUAAGACGAAAUUGGAAAUUCCGCAUAUUAAUGAUAAAUAUUAUAUCAUGAUGAGCAACAGCCACGUACAAACCACCUUAUCAUUGAUAACUGAACGGAAACGAAUUUCCGGAAGCAUCAAGCUCGAUGGUAAAACACUGAGUAUUGCAGAGGUUCUUGCUGUCAUGUCAGAUCCGGGACUAACAGUCGAGUUAUCUGAGGAGGCUAUGAAAGAUGUUGCUGCCAAUCAAGCAUACCUGAAAGAAAAAUUGGAUAAUGGUUUAGUCGUGUAUGGAAUAAAUACAGGGUUUGGAGGAAGUGCCGAGGUCCGAUCAUGGCAACUGAAAAAUGUCCAAAAGGCACUUAUUCGCCAUAUCAAUGUUGGAAUGGGACGAGUUUUUCCAGCCGAACUCGUUAAAGCAGCUAUGGUAACAAGAGCAAACUGUUUGAUUAAAGCAUAUUCUGGUGUAAGACCGAUAGUUCCGUCAACACUGAUCGAAUUGGUUAACAACGACAUCACACCACAAGUUCCACUCCGAGGAUCAGUCAGUGCUAGUGGGGAUUUAAUGCCACUUGGUUACAUAGCUGCUGCUAUGAUAGGUAGAGAAGAUUUGUCAGUUACAAAACAUGGAACUGUGAUGUCUUGUCCCGAGGCUUUAAAGCAAUCUGGCAUAACACCUGUAGAACUUGGACCAAAAGAAGGACUCGGUAUCGUUAAUGCUACUACAUUUACAGCUGGUUUUGCUGUACCAGCCGUAUAUGAUGCAAACUUACUAUUACUUCUCACACAGAUCAGUACAGGACUUUCCCAUGAAGCAUUGCACGGACGAACAGAGAGCUUCAAUCCUGUAAUACACAAUUGUCUGCCGCAUGUUGGACAACAAGAGAUUGCACGAAACAUGCUGACUGUUCUUGAUGGAAGUAAAAUGGUCAUUACAACGCUGGACAUGCACCUGCCGGACAAAUAUGGUGUUUUAAAGCAAGAUCGUUACAGCUUAAGAAGUUCCCCACAAUGGCUUGGUUCUGUAGCAGAAACAUUGCAAGAAACUUGCAGACGACUAACAAUAGAAUUGAACGCUGCAACAGAUAACCCUCUUAUAGAUCAUCGUACAGAUACGGUGGCUCACUGCGCAAAUUUCCAGGGAGAAACAUUGUCAAUUGCAAUGGAUCAAACACGGCAAGCACUUGGCUUGUGUGGAAAAAUACUUUUUGCACAGUUCACGGAAGUUGUUAAUUCGAAAAUGAACUUUGGUCUUCCUCCGAACUUGAGCGGGUGCGAUAUCAACACGGACUUUGGAUUUAAAGGUUGCGAUAUAGCCAUGGCCUCCUAUAUGUCAGAACUGGAUCAUUUUGUAAACCCAAUGAGUAACCACGUCCUUAGUGCAGAAUGUCAUAACCAGUCAAUAAACUCCAUGGCGCUUGUAAGCGCAAGGUUCACCACUGAAGCUGUUGAGAUUCUUCAAAUGAUGAUAGCAAAUAUCUUACUUCUCAAUGUGCAAGCGGUCGACUUACGUCAUAUCCGAAACCUGGCACUGAAAGAAAUUGACGAGUUGGUACAAAAAGUUCCUGAAAUGUCUGAUGCUUUAAAGGAGAUAGAAUGGUACAAUCUUUUGUUCUUUUCCGAGGAAAAAUCUGCCGAGCUUCAGAAAGGAAGGACCGAAGAGGAACAGGUGAUCAUUGCAGAAUAUGUUCAAGGCAGAUUAGCUACGUUGUACAAGCAGGCUUGCUCUGGAUCAAUUGAUGUGUCCGAAUUGAUGGGAAAAGGUACGAAAAGAAUGUACAACUUCAUACGAAAAGAUCUUCAGAUUCCAUUUUACUGUGGACAGAACGGGAUAGACAAGUCACUUGGAAAGAUCCUGAAAGCCAUCCAGAACCGAGACAUUGAGCAGAUCCUGGUGGAAACAUUCAGCGAAGAAAAACCCUUACCAAAAAGUAGGAAAAACAGCGAAAGCGGUUAACUAAAUGCUGUAUUAUUUGCAAAAAAGGACAUGCCUUGUUGCUAAAGGGACUGGUUGUUAAAUAAGUCACCAUGAUUAUUGUUUUUAAACAUGAGGAAGAAUUCGACAGGAUUUUAAUGCAUACGUUUAUUUUCUUUUUGCUUAAUACCACUUUUAAAUGCAAAAAAUAUUCAUUCAUCAUAUUAACAUAAUUAUCUUCAUUUAUAUUUAUUGCUACACGACAUAAUAUUUAAACUUGGAAUGAAGUAGUAAUUUUAUUUUUUACACAACAUUUUACAACAUUUAUUAGAUUAAACAACAAAUGUCUCAUAAUAUUUCAUAAGAAAAAAUUAUAUUAAAGGCCCAUUAUGCCUUAGAAAUGCUAUCAAUUUUACUUUUCAAAAUAUUUUUUCUUUUUGGUAUUUUGUUAUAGUUUACAAAAAUAUACUCAUUUUCCAUUCAGUAAUUGGUAUAUUUACAGUGAAGUAGUAUUUUUGUAUACUAAUUCGUUUACAUUACGCUACCUUUACGAUACAUUGCUGCACAUUCAGAGCUACUUUCUUUAGUAUUUAAACAAGUAAUGUGCUUUUAAUUCAUUUUGAAACAAUAUUUGACAUUUCUAAAGAAUUAAAAAAAACAUGGAUUUCGCAUAUACGUGUAGUUUCCGACGGGGGGAUGGGGGUCAUCACUGGAGGAAUGAAAUUAACGAUCUUUUUGUUUGCUUGUUAUUUUUAACAACUUAUUUUAUUUUGUCAACUUGUCGUCAUGCCUGGCUAUGUUUCAAUUUUAAAUUUCAUUUCAUGUUUAUUUUAUUUAUUUUAUCACUGAUCAUUACUCAAAGCAAAUAAACAUUGAACAAGGAACAAAUGUUUUGCCUUUUUACAUUAACAUGUCCAAAAAUACGAAAGAGAAAGUAUGAGCAUGCGGUUAAACACCGACCGACCACACAUGUUUAUCAGUUUAUUUUAACAAAGCUACAAAUAAACACCAAUCAGAUUGUGAACGGACGAAACAGGUUCAUGAAACUUAUCGUUUGGUAGAAUGCAAGAAACCAACAUAAUUUGGUCUGUACCACAAAUCAUCAAUAAAGAAGUGACAGUAACCUUUGCGGUUAAAGAUUGUUUACAAUUAGCAAUUAAAGUAUCAUUUGUCAUCCGAAAUUCUAUUUUUAAAUGUGACGAAAACGAAUUUAGAAAACUAUAAGCAUUAGCCAAUAGGAACAAAAUAUUGAGAAAAGUGGUUUACUUUUUAAUGAAUUUGUGUUUACUUGUAUAAUAUGAAACGCUAAGAUGUUUUAAAUAAGUGUCUGUUCAAAAUCUUUAAUUCAUAACAAUUUUAGUAUAGUACUAAUACAUUUUAACCAGCUAAAUAAGUGUUUUAAAUUAUUUUCAUAAAUAGUCGAUUUACUAGACCGGUUAACAGUUUGCCGAU